UUUCACGGAAUUGGCACGUGGGUCGAAGUGCGAGGCCAGUGGAGUUGCUGUGGCCAGAUUCCGCCUGCCGGCAAUCGGAAAUCAGCCAAUCGUGAAGUGGGAGUAAACCGAGACAAAGCCAACGUACAAUGUGAAAUCAUUAUACCUGCUGUUGGAAACCUCAGGCACGAAAGCGCUAGAAGAUUCGACGAAAUCACGAACACGUGGCGAGACGUGAAGCGGGCUCUCAGCCUGCUGUGCGUGAAGACAUUCUCCGACGGCAACACCAUGCUGGAAGCACCGCCAGGCAGCCGGGAGGACCUUGUCGAGGCCGCGAGAACUCCCUGCUCACCCACAGAUCUGGACACAAUGCUGUACAGUUACACCAACGGAAUAUAUGUGCUGGAUCAUACGCCUGAAUCCAUGCCGGACAUGGACAUGCUACAACUAUUCGCAUCACCAGCUGGCCGUGCACUAGUAACAGCCGAUAACCACAGGCGGCGUAGGGGUCCAACCUCGACGUCCUCAUUGACGAGGGAAUCCACAUCGCGAUCGAAAAAUUCCAGAAGAAAUACAACAACGAGUAGGUCCAUCGGCACACCAAGUCCACCACCCAGACAGAGAAAAUCGAGUACCGAGCUUUACAAGGAGGCUGUCGAGAUACUCGGUCUCACGUGUUCCCUCACCGACAGCUGCCGAUGCAUCGACUGCCAAAGCAAUUACUUCGACUUCGACGACGACUGCGGGGAGUCGAGAUCAGAGCUGGCGGCAGGUACACCGAUACUCCUGGAUCACGCUCUAUCCCAUCCACUCGCGUGCUCCAUACAGUAG